CAACAUAUUGAAAUCAUCAUCUCUUGUAUGAUAAUUACAUCAACCAAAUACUUGUCAUCCUUCUGGCCAUAUUCUCCGUCGGUUACGUGUAACGUGGAGGAGAAUUUCAAGUCUUGUGAUCAGUUGAAGGCACGAUUUUUGUUUCUGUGAAAACUAGAAAAGACAUAAUGAGUAUGGAAGCGAGCGAGCGUACGAUGUUCGUGUCUGCUGCUGUAGACUACACGGGUGCUCCUGCUAGCAGGUCCACCACUGGUGGUUGGGUGUCUGCCGCUUCAAUUCUAGUUGUCGAGCUAUGCGAAAGGCUCUCUACAAUGGCGAUUGCAGUUAACCUGGUGACUUAUCUCGUUGGCACAAUGCAUCUACCAAGUUCAACUUCGUCCACCAUAAUUACAAAUUGGAGCGGAAUUUCCUACCUUUUUAGCUUGUUGGGAGGUGUACUUGCCGACUCUUUCUUAGGCAGAUACUGGACGAUUGCCAUAUUUGCAAACAUUCAUAUGCUGGGGUCAUGCUUAUUAGCCAUUUCAUCGGUGCUGCCCAACUUGCGCCCGCCUCCCUGCAAUCCUUCUUUGCUGGACAAUUGCAAAGAAGCCAAUGGUCUUCAGAUGGCAGUUUUUUACAUUUCUGUGUACACAAUAGCGGUAGGACUUGGCGGGAUAAAAUGCAGCGUGUCGGGUUUUGGGACAGAUCAAUUUGAUGAGAAGGACGAGAAGGAAAAGGCCCAAAUGGCACAUUUCUUCAAUAGGUUCUACUUUUUCAUCAGCAUUGGGACUCUUCUAGCAGUUACGGUCUUCAUAUACAUACAAGACCGAGUAGCUAGAGUGUGGGGAUACGCAAGUUGCACCAUUAUAAUGUUACUUGCUAUAGCCAUAUUUUUCUCAGGUACUAGAAGAUACAGGUACAAGGCAUGUCGUGGUAGCCCCAUCAUUCAAAUCUUACGAGUGUUAGUUGCCGCUGUAAGGAAAAGGAAGUUGAAAUUCCCGGCAGACAUGCAACACUUACACGAAACUCAUCCUACGGAAUCAAGAUUAGCUCCUACUCGUCAAUUGAUUUGCCUGGACAAGGCAGCCAUCAUAGACGAUGACGACUACAUAAUGAUUGAAUCUGGGACUCAAAACCGGUGGAGACUCUGUUCAGUGACGGAGGUGGAGGAGGUUAAGAUGAUGACUAGAAUACUACCAAUCUGGGCAACAACAAUCAUGUACUACGUCAUUCACGCACAGAUGAUCACAUUUGCUGUGUUGCAAGCUUCCACUAUGGAAAGGUCAAUCGGAUCAUUUGAAAUCCCAGGCGGCUCAUUCAACGCCUUCUUCAUUGGAGCGAUACUGUUAACUCUUGCCAUUCACGAUCGCCUAAUCGUCCCUCUUUUGAAAAAGAAGAAAGGAACUCUAGGUUUAACUAGUACGCAGAAAAUGGGUCUAGGCCUCUUUAUUUCGAUAAUUACAAUGGUUGUUGCAGCGAUAGUGGAAACAAGAAGAUUGAAGGUUGCAAAAUCUACAAGCAGCACGAACUCAACACUACCGAUAAGUGCUUUUUUGUUGGCUCCUCAGUUUGUUCUUGCUGGUGCUGCCGAAGGCCUAGUGUAUACCGGGCAGCUUGAUUUCUUCUUGUCAGAGUCCCCGAAAGGGAUGAAAGCGGUUAGCACCAGCCUAUUCCUUACGACUAUAUCGUUGGGUUUUUUCGUUAGUAGCGCGCUGGUUGCGAUCAUAAGGAGAGUAACUGAGGGAAGGCAGAAUUGGCUUCCUGCUAACCUUAACCAUGGAAGAUUGGAUUUAUUUUAUGGACUAAUAGCUUUGUUGAGUGCCAUUAAUCUGGGGUUCUAUUUGUUGAGUGCAAAAUGGUUUCUGUGCAAGAAAACUCAGAGACAGACACAGACACGGAACUGAUUGAGAAAUAGUUGGCCAUGAGAAAUGUACACAAAGUUUUGGAAUCAAAAUUUGCUCUGAUGUUUGUUUUA